AUGGCCGCUGCUUGUGCGAUCGUCCAUGAUGAGCGAGGGGGUUCUUCAUGCACAAGACCUGGACGGGGAUCUUCAUGCGCUGUUGCAGGAGGUUGUGAUCGAGAUGGGGUUGCGCCGAAGUGCUUCUGCGGCGUUUAUGCCAUUCUUUACAAGUCAAGAAUAGCAUCUAAUCCCAAUAGGAUGUUUCUCGGAUGUCCAUUCUUCAAGGUUAAAGAACGGUGUUGCCGGUAUUUUGUCUGCCUUGACGAACACCUGAAAAAAAUUAGGGCCAUGGAGUUUGAAGCAUUGGGUGCUGUGGAUGAUGUUGGAGGUGUAGACAUUGAAGAUCAUGUGGUGCAAAGUCUGGGAUUGGAAAAAAAAAUUCAAUUGCUGCGAAGCCAGGAACUGGAGAAAAAAAUGAAAGAGUUGGAGAGGAAACUGUUAUGUAUGGAGAAGGAGAAAAGAAUGAGUAUGUGGCAUAUUGCUUUGAUUAGUGUAGUUUUUGUUGUUGCUGUAUGUUUCUUAAAGUGGUGA